AUGCCCAAGGCUGAAGUCGGUAGUACAAAAUGGCUCUCCAACAACAUGAAGUCCAAGGGCCUGCAGAGGUUGCGCUGGUACUGUCAAGUCUGUCAGCGCCAGAUGCGCGAUGAGAACGGUUUCAAGCAGCACACUCUAUCCGAGGGACAUGUGCGCGCUAUGCUACUGGUCGGCGAGGACCCCAAGAAAUAUAUUGCUCAAUACUCGGAAACUUUCAAGAAGGACUUUUUGACCCUGCUCAGGACAUCGCAUGGAGAGAAGAAAGUCUACGCCAACCACUUUUACCAGGAAUAUAUCCACGACAAGGAGCACAUCCACAUGAACGCCACAAAAUGGCCCAGCUUGACUGAGUUCGUCAAGUAUCUUGGACGAGAAGGCAUUUGCAGAGUUGAAGAGGGAGAAAGAGGUCUGGAAAUUGCUUGGGUCGAUGACAGCCCUGAAGCACUCAGACGCAGAGAGAUGGUUCGCAAGAAGGAAGCUAUGGAAAAGGGCGACGAAGAGCGUGAGACGCGCAUGCUCGAAGCGCAAAUCAAGCGUGCACAAGAAAAGAAGCGGCAACAAGAGGAAGACGAUCGUCUAAAGCAUAAGGACCAGGACGAAGAGGUCAGGCCUAAAAAGGCUCAAGAAGGUCCUUUGUCAUUCAGUUUGGUAUUGGGAUCUAAGCCGAUCACUACAGAGUCAGCAGAGCCAGCCGCCGAAAAGGCGCCAUCUCCAAACGAGAAACCUGUCGAGACCAAAGCUGAGCCCAUUCUGGAAUUCAAAACUGGAGACGAGAAGCCGGCAGAAGCUCCUGCCGCACCUUCAAGUGCACCUAAACUUUCUCUCGACCUUGGUUCUAAACCCAAGAGGGUCAACGUCUUUGCGGCUGCAUCUAAAUCAAAGUCUAACCCUCUCAAGGAGAAGAAGGCUGCGCAAGUGGUUGAGGAGCCCAAGAAGAUGAGUGCGGCAGAGCGCAUCAUGAGGGAAGAGAUGGACAGGAAGCGCAUGCGGGACGAACGCCAAUCUGGCGGCGGAAAGCGACCUCGUCUUGGUUGA